AUGGGAAGUGAAUCCGUGUUGGCUUGGCUUCGGCCUUUCCUCCUCAUUGCCAAGUUUCUGGGGCUCUUCCCACUGGAAAACGUGCACAGUGUGGGACAGGAGAGUAAGGAUGUCUUGCAGUUCAGAGCGUUGAGUGCAGCGACAGUCUAUAGCAUUCUCUUCCUGCCAAUCAUGCUGGGCUGCAUCUUCACCAUUAUUAUCAAGUUGAACUACUGGAACCUGUCUGUAAUGUUGGCGGACGAUAUUGCAACGAAAUGCAUGGUCGGGAUAGUGAUCGUCUCUUUCAUUGUGUCGUAUCUCGGGAUGUGGAUUAAUGUGAGCAGGUAUCCAGCGUUCCUCGAGCGCUUGCGGUGGAUGGAGGAGCGGAUCGGCGUCGAUGCCAAGGAGGGUCGACCCUUGAAGCGUGUUGGCGGCUUCAUGCUCUCUUCCUAUGCUAUUAUCUUCUUGAUUAUCGCCCUGGGGACCUCUGUGGACGUCAUCUUCCACGACAAUCCAAUCAAAGAAAAAGUUUUGUACAUGACAGGGAACUUCACUUUCUAUGUCCUUCUCGUGGCUUCUCUCACUCCGGAACUGAUCUUCGUCUACAUGUGCCAUGUCCUCCGCAUUUACAGCGUUCACCUGCUCCAGGACUUGUCAAAGAAACUCAAAUUACACUCGACCGCAAAGCGAGACGUCCCCCUCUCGACCCUCACACUCUGUCAGAAGAUUUCAACGAUCACCGUCCCGGACACUGACUCUGAGAUCCAGAUCAGCGUGCAAAAGGCACGGGUCCACUUCGUGGAGAUAUCGUCUCUGGCCGACACCCUCAGCGGCCUCCACAGCCCGGGUCUCCUCCUAAUAUUCCUCUGCAACUCAGUGAUGGCGACAGUUACGCUCUACCUGGGUGCUUCGGCCAUCCUCCGGGAGGACUGGGGAGUUAGCCUCUGUGGGUUCAGUGGUGCGUUCGUUUCGCUCUUCCGGAUGGGGCAUGUGACAUUGGCUGCCGGAAACAUCGGAACGCAGACGCAAGCGAAGCUGAAGGAGAUCUCAACGACCAGCGGCACCCAGUUGUCCGACCGCCUUUCCCAGCAGAUAAUCUUGUUCGAGUUGCAGAUGUCUUCCCAUCCGGUGAAGCUCACGGCUUCCGACUAUUUCACUCUCGACAAGGGAGUCAUGACUUCCGUCUUUGGAACGAUAGUCACGUACUUGAUCUUGCUGCUGCAAUUCCGUAUCGAGGAAGCCAUGGACAAAGACCCAGCUGCGACUCCUGGCAGCAACUCCAGCUCCCUUGCUUCAGACUCAUCGCAUGUUCCAUGA